AUAUUAUAUAGUAUAGUAUUACAUAAGCUUCAACUUUAAUACAAUUCCCAAUAACACUCUUCCCUGUUAUGCACACAUCAAGUUACUCUUUAUGUAUUUUAUUAAUUAAAAUAUACACAUACAUAGUACAAACAAUAACGUUAUUACAAACAUAACAGUCCUAGAAAACUGUACAACACACAUAUCUCUUGUCCAGAAAUUUCAUUCUUCUCUCUCUCUUUCUCUCUCUCUGCCACAUAUUGGAGUAUCCUUCUGAACUUGAUCCAAUUUCUCCAUCAAAUAGAUUUCUCUAACAACAUCAUAACCUUCCUUAAUCAUGGUUCUUCUGCCUUAUUUUGUGCUUUUCCUUUCUCUAACUGGAUAUUCAAGUGGUGCUCUUUAUUGUGUGUGUAGAGAUGGUGUUGGAGAUCAAAAUCUUCAAAGGGCAAUAGAUUAUGCUUGUGGUGCUGGAGCUGAUUGUUCACCUAUUCUACAAUCUGGAUCAUGUUUUCAACCCAAUACUGUGAAAGAUCACUGCAAUUAUGCUGUUAAUAGCUAUUUCCAGAAAAAGGGUCAAACUCAAGGUAGCUGUGAUUUUUCUGGUUCUGCUGUUACCAGUCCAACUCCACCUACUACUUCAACAACUACAUGUGUUUUUCCUUCAAGUGGCAAUGCAGGAGGAGGUACAGGCACAACACCAGGAACCAAUACACCUGUAGGCACAGCACCACCUUCCACCAUAACUCCAACCACACCUGUAGGUACAACACCAGGAACAGGAACAGGAACAGGUACAGGCACAGGAACAGGCACACCAACAGGCACAGGAACAGGUACAGGCACCGGCACAGGAACAGGCACAGUCACAGGUGGUCCUAACGUGUUUGGGAUGAGUCCAACAUCUUCAACCGGCAAUGGAAGUGGCUUCACUGACCCAAAUGGAGUGGUUCAAUUAAAAAAAUGUAGUUAUGUUCUGUUACUAUCCCUUGUUUUUACUUUAUGGCUAGUAACUUUAAGGGACUAAAAAUAAUAAACCUUUUAAGCAAAAAGUUAUGGGUGGUUUAUAGUGUGGGUGAGAUUUUGUGCCACUACAUGAUGAAGGAUGGGUGUUUUAUGUAAUUUCCUCAUCUCACUUGAGAAAGAAUCAUCCAGGAACAAACCCCACCUUAAUCUUCUGUUCUUUUUGCUUUUGUUUUGUUCCUUCUAUGUGCAAAAAGGAAGAGAAUGUGGUUCCUUUUUAGUGGGGGUAUAGAACCUACUCACUUUUUCCAUUUUGUAUAAUUAUGAGUAUAAGAUUCACUAUUUUUUUUAA